CCGGUUCUCCAGCAGUCCACCCAGAGGAUGCCUUCAGAGUCGCAGCGGCCAGCCGGACGAGUCAUGGCUUCGAUCAGCUACGGUGCUUAUGUCCCCUCCUCCCACAGGAGGAAGACGGUGGUGCGCAGUGCCGGCUACGGGAGCCGGGCGGGACCCAGGUCUGUCUACUCCAGCCUCUCUUCCCCCCUCUCAUCCCACAGCGUGGCCCGUCUCCAGUACCCAGCGUACAGCCGGGCGGGCUCCGCCUCCAGGCUGCUGUCCUCUCCGAUGGUGGAGCUGGACCUCAGCCAGGCGGCGCAGGUCGGCUCCGAGUUCAAGGCGGUGAGGACCCAGGAGAAGGCCCAGCUGCAGGAGCUGAACGACCGCUUCGCCAGCUUCAUCGAGCGCGUCCACGAGCUGGAGCAGCAGAACAAGGCUCUGGAGGCAGAGCUGCUGGUCCUGCGGCAGAGGCAGGGCUCGCCCUCCAACCUCCGGGCCCUCUACGAGCAGGAGGUCCGGCAGCUGCGCGCCGCCGUGGAGGACGCCCGCCACGAGAAGCGGGCCGUGCAGAACCACCGCGACCAGAUGGAGGGGGUGCUGCGGAGCCUGCAGGGCCGCCUGGAGGAGGAGGCGCUGAGCCGGGAGGAAGUGGAAGCCCGGCUCGCCGACGCCAGGAAGGGGGCGGACGAGGCGGCCCUGGGGCGCCUGGAGGUGCAGAAGAGGAUGGAGACGCUGAUGGACGAGAUGGCCUUCCUCAAGCAUCUCCACCAGGGGGAGAUCUCCGAGCUGCAGGCCCAGGUGCAGUACAGCGCCCAGGUGUCCGUGGAGAUGGAAGUGGCCAAACCCGACCUGUCCAUAGCCCUCCUGGAGAUCCGGAGCCAGUAUGAGAAACUGGCCCAGCAGAACCGCCAGUCGGCGGAGGAGUGGUUCCAAGACAAGAUGACGGGGAUGACGGUGGACAGCUCGCGGGACACGGACACCGCGCGCAACGCCCGAGAAGAGGCCAGCGAGUACCGUCGCCUCCUCAAGGCCAGGGACCUGGACAUCGAAGCCUGCAGGGGCAUGAACGAGGCCCUGGCCAACCAACUGCAGGAGGUGGAGGAGAAACAGAGCGCCGAGAUGUCCGACCUUCAGGAAGCUAUAAACCAACUGGAGGAUGAUCUGAGGAUGAACAAGAGUGAGAUGGCCCGGUACUUGAGAGAAUACCAAGACCUUCUCAAUGUGAAGAUGGCUCUGGAUAUUGAGAUUGCAGCAUACAGGAAGCUGCUCGAAGGCGAGGAGGGCCGUCUAAGCUUCAGUGGCCCCGGGGCCAUGUCCAGCGUGUUCUCCCCAGGCCUGAGCUUCACCCCCUCAUACGGCCGCCGGGGUUUCACCCUGCAGCAAGGCCUGGCUUCUGCUGCGCCCUACUACCACAGCAGCCGCACCUUCACCUCCUCCUUCUCCCCCGCGGAGGAGAUCGUAGCUGCCAGCCGCAUCCAGCAGCAGCAGGCCGAGGCCAGCCCUGCUAAGGAAGAGGAGGAGGAAGAGAAGGAGGAGGAAGGAGAGGAGGAAAAGGAGGAAGGAGAGGGAGAGGAGGAGACUGAGGAGAAGGAAGGGGGGGAAGGAGAUGGCGAAGACGCAGGUGAUGAAGGAGACGGAAAAGAGGGUGGGGACGGAGGUGAAGAGGACGGAGGUGAAGAGGACGGAGAGGAGGGCCAGGAAGGAGAGCUGGAGGGAGCCACACAAACUGAAGAUGGUGAGAAUAAAGAAGACGAGGAAGAAGCCAAAGAAGCCCACAUGAAAAGUGAAAAGAAAAAGGCCUAAAUCGCUGAUCAAUUACACCUGACAGAUUUUCCUCUGAAUCUUCUAUCAUGGUGCCCUUAAAAUAGAUAAUAUUAAGUACAAUAAAAAUACACCCACUGUGAUUGGGAGCUAAUUAUUGUCUAACCACAUGAAAAGCAGCAGAUUUAAUGUGAUGUGUUGUGACUGGAUCAGAGCAUGCCUGGAUGCAUGAAUUCCUCAGAUGAGAUUAACUUUCAAUUAUACAUUUUUAGCAAUAAAAAUGACAACCACUGUUUGUAUAAGACAGAUGGAGAGUGGAAUUUGAGGACUGAAGCAGCUAGAUCAUGCAAUUUUCUUUUUAUGCAAAUCCUGUUUAAAUAGGUUUGUAUGCUGUUACCACCAUAUGCCUUUAAGAACAUUAGCCAGUUCAAAAAUGAUUUGAUGCCUUAGAUAAACUCCCUUCAGAGGAAACCCUUCUGCACUGAAACAAAAUAAAAGACUUGAACCCUGUU